GAAUUUUUUUACAAACUACGGAAAUUUAAUCGGAAAUUUUAAAUAAUUAUUUUUAACCUAUAUUAAUGCAAAAAUUUAUUAUUUUUGCUUAAAAAACUUCUAUGUUUUUAGCCCCAAACACUUAAAUAUGUUAAAAUUGUUUAACUUACUCUAAAAUUGUGUUAAAACAAUAGUAAAGGUGUGUGAAAAAAAUCUUAGGGAGCUGUCGUCUGACAACCAACCAAACACAAGAAGAGGAAGAGACACGUCUGUCUGGGGUCAAGAUUUACUUUUGGUCAAAAAGACAAAAAAAAAGAGAAAAGAAACACCGACCACAACGGCAAUUUAGAAACACCAAGUUAAUAAUUUGUAAAUAUAAAGAAAAUCUAUUUUUUAUAACGCUAAGUAAACAUGAUGGAGGACGGUCUGACAAAUGAACAAACUGAAAAAGUUUUGCAAUUUCAAGAUCUAACAGGCAUUGAAGAUAUGAGCGUAUGUCGGGAUGUUUUAAUCAGACAUCAAUGGGACUUAGAGGUUGCCGUACAAGAACAAAUGAACAUACGUGAAGGUAGGCCCUCUUCAUUUGUCGGCUCUAGAGAUGUACGAGCGCCAGCUGUUAUAAAUGAUCGUUUUCUACAGCAAAUUUUUUCCGCCACAAUGCCGGGAGGACGUUCGGCGAGAAGUUCGACACCAGGUCCCAUGCCACGUAGUAUAACAGGCAUAAUAGGUUAUAUUAUCAAUAUGGUAUUCCAAUAUUGUUACUCAACAAUAUCAAGCAUUUUGAGUGCUUUUCUGGGAGGAAAUGAGGAGAGAAUUGUCACAGAUCCUUUGGGUGAUGUUAUGAGUUUUAUACGCUCCUACAGCGAACGAUAUCCUGAACAUCCGGUUUUCUAUCAGGGCACAUAUGCACAGGCCUUAAAUGAUGCCAAACAGGAACUGCGUUUCCUGUUAGUUUAUCUACACAAAGAUCCGACGAAAAAUUCUGAUGUCGAGACAUUCUGUAGCCAAACGUUGGCAAAUCGUACAGUAAUCGAUUUUAUAAAUCGUAAUACUUUAUUCUGGGGCUGUGAUGUUUCCUCUCCUGAAGGCUAUCGUGUGUCGCAUUCGAUAAACGCUCGCUCGUAUCCCAUUAUGGUUUUAAUAGCAUUAAGAGCUAAUCGUAUGGUGAUAAUGGGACGAUUUGAGGGUGAUUGUACUGCAGAUGAACUGGUAAAUCGUUUACAGACCGUUAUCAAUGCCAAUGAUGUAUGGUUGAGUCAAGCCAGAGCAGAUCGUUUAGAGCGUAAUCUAACGCAAACUCUGCGCCAGCAACAGGAUGAGGCAUAUCGUCAAAGUUUGAGAGCUGAUGAGGAAAAGGAACGCUUAAGGCAAUUAGAGCGAGAAAAGGAGAGAGAAGCAGAAGAGGCUUUAGAAAGGGAAAGACAAGCAGCAGAAAGGCGUAAAGAGGAAAUUGCUCAAUUGAAACUAGAUAUGGCAGAGCAAGUACCAUCAGAACCACCCGCCGAUGCUCCUAAUGCCAUAAGUGUGGUAUUUAAACUGCCAAAUGGUGCCCGUAUUGAACGUAGAUUCCUGCAAUCAAAUUCCUUAAUAGAUGUUUCCAAUUACUUAUUCUGCCAUCCCUCUUCACCGGAUGAGUUUGAAAUUACAACGAACUUUCCCAAACGUGUUAUAUAUUCCAAAUCAAAUGAUAUUGAUUGUGCUGCCUCAGCAAAUGCUAAUAAAACUUUAUCGGAUGUAGGUUUAAAGAAUCGUGAAGUACUUUUCGUCAAUGACUUGGAAGCGUAAUAUACAUUGUGCGAUGAUGUAUUAAGACGAAUUUUUUUUUAUAAAAUUCUUAACGCUUUUCCUCGAUUACAACAUGAAAAACGUCAACAAAUGAACAGAAUUAAAUUACAACAUCAAAACAAUCAUCUGUUAUCAUUUACAUCUCAUAUAACGGCAAAUAUUGUGUGUUUUCAAGACAUAAUUCCUUUUUAAAAGUAUAUACAGAAAAGAAAAAAAAGUAGCGUUGCAACGCCAUUGUAUGGAUAAAAUUCCUAAUUUUGUUAAUUUUUGAUUUGUAUUUAAUUUUUAUUAUUUUUUCCUCUAUUUAAUUUUUACUUACAAAAAAAGAAAGAUUUGUUUAUAAUUUAAAUUUAACUAAUUUCUAAAGUAUAAGCACAUUGCUGGAAAAUGUAAAAUAAUAAUAAAAAAAAAACGGAAAAUAUACUGUUUCUAGUAAUUUAACAAAUUUUAA